UCAAUGAAGGAAGAGGAAGAGAAUGUUUUUCAAUUGAGCAAAAAAGGAAAACCCCGUCUUCCACACUCGCUUCAGUCCUCCGAUCCAAACUGGAAGAAGGAAUAAUGACUUUAGAAACAUCUCUCAACAAAACAAUAUAGUACAGUACUCUACAACACUGCAACUCACUGAAGGGAUUGUUUCGGUUUUUUUUUAAGUUUCUUUUUUUUAAUUUUGAAAGUUUUGAAAUCUGCCUGAUUGUAAUUUGAAACCAAACGCAUUUGCAUUGUCACCUACAGAGUGCUGGGAAACCCUCGGUGUUUUUUUUUUUUUUUUUAAGACAAGAAAGAGAAGAGCAACUUGACAACAUGGAACGCUUUUUCGACAGCUUUUUUGUCCUAUCUACAAUUUUUGCUGUUUGUCUUGGACGGAUAGUAAAGGUUCCUGCUGGUCCCCUGAUCCGAGUGGAGGGUAGGGACGUUGUCAUCCCCUGCAAUGUCAGUCACUUUGACGGCCCCCCCGAGCAGGAUUUCGACUGGGAGCUGACCCAGGGCCCAGGCUCUAAAGUGCAGGUGGUCAGCACACUUGACUCUUCCUUCACUGAUAAGUCUUACGAAGACAGAGUGAACAGUGGAGAGAUUGCUGUGGAGCGAACCAGUGGCAGCUCUGUAGCUCUCAGGAUUAAACAUGUGAGAUUAACCGACAGUGGGAAAUACAAGUGCCUCACUCCCAGCACAGACGCCUCAAUUAGUGGAAACUAUGACGCGGAAGUCGAACUAAGAGUUAUUUCAGACAGCCUGAAAGUAGCAGCACCAAAAUAUAGAAGUAAAACAGGAAGUAUAACAGAAGGCAGCUUGUUCGACCUGCGUUGUGCAGCCUCACAAGAUUUCGUGGAAGGCACCCAUCUCUCGGUCACCUGGGAGGUGAGAAGAGGCGCUGCUUCUGAGAAGAUCCUCUCCCUCAAUCCAGAUGGAGGGGUUACGGCUGGAAGUGGCUACAGCCAGCGAUACCAGGCCGGUGGUGUGCGCUUGGAGCUGCUAGGCAACGGGGUAUACCGCCUGGUGGUCUCGCAUGCUCUGCCUACAGAUGAAGGCACCUAUGUCUGUGUGGUCGGCCAAUGGGUGAAAGACGAGAGUGAUGCCUGGAAAAGCAUCCUGGAGAAGAGCACGGAUGUGGGAGAGGUUAAAGUGAUGCCCAUUGCUGCAUCCUUCAUGGUUUCAGUUAGAGAAAGCAAUGUUACCUUAAAUGCAGACUCAACACUUGAAUUAACCUGCAGUGUUGCAACAGCAAACAGUGACGCUGUCCGCAUGGAGGUCGCAUGGUAUGUCAGCCCUACUCCCAGUGCAGACCAGGGAAACUCACGAUUGCUGGUGCACAUGGACCGUGACUCGGUGGUGAACAGAUCAGUCGCCGUCACUGUCAGCCGUGUAAGUGCUGACACCACCCGACUGGUCUUCCGAGAUGUUGGAAAGACGGACACAGGAUAUUACUUCUGCAAGGUGGUAGGGUGGAUGCCACAGUCUGGCGAGACAUGGUACAAAGUGGCAGAGAAGACUUCGACAUCUGUCUGCGUGACAGUUACUUCGUUAGAACCUACCUACGGUGUUCUCCUUAGCGCCCCUACCGCUCCACAUUUCUCAGAUGACCCCACAGAGCUGGAGUGUAAAGUGACUGAUGUUCAAAAUGCAAAUGGUACCCAGAUGACUGUUUCCUGGCACUACAGGAAACCCUCACCCGCUGACGUGCCAGUCAGUGACGAUCUGAUCGUCUCAGUGGACCAGAACUGGGACCUACAGGCUGGGGAAAAGUACAAGGAGCGGGUGGGGAAGGGACACAUUGUUCUCACCAAGCUGGACCCAGCAGUUUUUAAACUUCAAAUCCUGCACACCCGAGACACUGACAGGGGAGAGUAUUUCUGUACUGUAUCAGCAUGGGCCCAAGCAAAAGAUCACAGCUGGGUAAAGACCAAGGAUGUCUCGUCCAGAAAUCUCCCAAUAUCCUGGGAGCAAGAAGAUCCAAGUCUCACAGUUGUUGCUACCCCUCUUAAAGCUGUUUUUUCUGGGGGAGACACCUUUGAGAUGGCUUGCAAGGUUACUGGCAAGAAUCUGAAGAACCCAAAGUACUCCGUGCUCAUUAGUGUGGAGGAGCCUUCCAGCAGGAAGAUAAGGAAGAUCAUGUCUAUGAGUCAGGACUCUGUGACUCGUCUAGAGGAGUGGAACAAAAAGGAUCGCCUGGACAGCGUAAUCCUGGAAAAAUCCAGUGCGGACACGUUCCGCUUUAGGAUGUAUGGAACUCAGAUCUCAGAUGCUGGAUACUACUACUGUGAGGUCACAGCCUGGACGUCUGAUGCCGUGAACACAUGGAGUGAGGCCACCAGAGGUAUUUCAAACAAGGUGAAGAUCGACUUUGAAAAUACAGGUCCAGCAUUCAGUGUAUCCCUUCGUUCAGCCAGACUGACAGUAUACCCUGGGGAGACUGUGAAAAUUGAGUGCAUCAUCAGUGUUCGCGGAGCAGCGGCUGGUGCAGAUGACAUUUCCUAUGAUGUGAAAUGGUCAGUGAGCACAGAAGACAAAUCGGUCUUCCUGGUUUCAAUGGAUCGAUGGGGUGUGAUGAAGCUGGCUCCACGCAAUGGCAGCAGCGAUUGCAGUCUGGAGAGGAUCAAACUCGGGACGUACCGCCUGAGUAUUCACAACACCGAGGACAUUGAUCACGGGAACUAUCAUUGUUCCGUGACGCCCUGGCUCAGAACCUCAGACGGAUCCUGGCAGCAAUCGCUGGAGAUCCAGCCUGAGCCUGUUCUUUUAAAAGUGGACUUUGCAAUGUUGGAAUCCCUGAAGUACCCCUUGCUGUUUGGAGCUGCUGCUGCACUUUGUGUUGGGCUCCUAGCCAUGCUGAUUGGUUACAUUGGUGCUCGAUUCUGUUGUAAGAACACUUUGCAAGGUGACGUGAGGGGUAACCGGCGGUUAGUGUCCAUGGAAAUGGACUGAGCAGAAGAGAAAGAAGGCAAGAACUGGACAAUCCUCAUAGAGCCGUAGUAACCGUCUAAACAAAGUAACUCCUUUUAAACUGUAACCCUUCUCUCCAAGACGCUGGUGCAGAAAAACAGGCUCCUGCAAAAACGUGUUCCAUUUGGUGUUGCAGAACUAGAGAGAGACGAUAUUCCAGUCCUUGAGUGCUGCAUUGCUGAGAGCUACAGAAAUGCAGAUCGAAUUAAAGCUGGUCACCAGCCUUCUAUUUGCCUGCUGCUCUGCUUCUUUGUUACGGGGGGGAAAGAGAACCACUUAUUGAUUUAAAAGAGACUUCUGCCUAUGAAUGUAUAUUGCACAAGACUCAGGAACUGUUUCGAUGGGAGUUUUAGAACUCCUCUCAUUCGAAACAGACUAAAUUACAUUUUGUAUCCAAAAGAUUUAUGGCCGGCUCCCCUUAUCAGAUCUUGCAAAGAUAUAGAUACCUACCAAAGGGUAUGGAUUUGACUUUGGUUACAGUAUUUUUUAGCCCUUUUUUGUAACAGAAUUGUUAAUCUGAGGAGAAAAUGCAAAAGCAUGACUAUGAAUGUUGAAGAAUAUUGUAUUGUACGCCUGCUUUUGCAAUACUGUACUAGUGUGAAAAAAAAACAUACUGGAGACUAUUAUUCCUGUAGUCUGAUCUCCACAGUAAAACAUUUUCUUUGUGUUGAUAUUUAUAAUUAUUUAGAGAAUGGUCCUAAAACAGAUAUUUUAAUACGAUUCUACUUUUUAAGAGUGAAGACAUUUAUUUUUUUUACAGGUCUUUCUCUCUGUUUCAAAGACUCACUGGUGCAAGUAGGUGUUAGUCUUAUAAACGUUGUGCCUUAGCGAGGCAGUUUUUUUUAAAUGCAAAAAAUGAUUUGGCACAAAGAUGUAAACUUUUGCUUCAUGGUUUUAGUAUAGUAUUUUCAUUUGAAGAAAAAUGCUGCUGUGUUUCGCAUCUGCAGGUAGACUGGGAUUGAGUGCAGUUGUUUCAGAGCAGUUAUUCAUUUUUGACUAUAGGCCAGUUGAUUAAAAUAUAACAGUUUUAAUACAAAUAUAGCAGAAGAUUAGGUAGCUGAGUAGCCAUGGCUCAAGUCAAAUUGAAGUUAUAUUUAUUACAUUUUUUAUUUUUUUUUUAAAUGUGUUCAGAUUACUGAGUUUUAUUGUGUACAGCCCCUGAACAAAAAGCUUAAUUCUAAAAUGAACAUCCGGUCAAUAGCAAUAGUGAAAAGCCAUCUGGAUAUUCAAGCAAUAAGUAUGUAACUGAAUGUUAAUUUCGUAUUGAGAGAGACAUGCUUUUAUAUUGCCAUCUGACCAUGUAAUAUUAGGGGUUAAAGAGGGAAAACAAGCUUUAGAAACAAAUUCAUCUAUUGAUAUGAUUUUUUUUUAUUUUUUUAACAAAGUUUGUUUUAUUUAGAGCUUACUUUUUGUUGUUGUUGCUGUCUUUUAGAUGUAUUAAACAGGGUUUCCUAUUCUUAACUUGUGAACUUGGGUGUGAGUGAGGCAUUUUUUUUAGGUACUGGAGAUAAAAUGUGUCAAGCUAUGAAAAUGCAGAAUCUCUGCAAAUUUGGCCUCCUUGGUUCUAAGAUCCAGACCCACUGCUGUGCCAGGUUUCAGUUACACCCAGCUGACUUCAGUGUUACUCUUUGUUAAUUGUGAGUGUAACCUGUCAAAUGUGGUGAUGAUUCUAGACCUGGGUCUGAGCUAUGAGCUGCCUUUUGAUGAAAAUGUCUGGAUUUCCUUUCAUACCCUCACAGUGGGACAAGCCACAAAGCCACCCAUUUCCCUUUUACUUCUUUUACACAUGUUUUUUUUUUUCAUUCUUUUAAGGAACAACUUGGUUUUGAACUACAGUUAACCAAAGUGAGACUUUUAAAUAUGUUGUUCGAGCCAUGUACCAAUAUAAGGUUAAGUAUUUUAUACAAAGCAUUGUCUUUUCGAAGGGACUUUAUUGGGGGAGGGGGAAUGGGGGUUGCCCGGUGAUGGCCCUGAAUGUGAUGUAAAUUAUGAUUUUUGUUUUCAGAAGUGUUUUUUAUAUUAGUGUUUAAAAAGGAUACACUGAUUUUUCUGAGCUUGGUGUGUUUUUUUUUUUUUUUUUUCUUUUUAAAUGAACAUUGGGUAUUCUACUACUUGGCGUCAGAUGUAUAGUUCAGUUUUAAACCUGUUACUGUUCAAAUAAACAACCUUAUUUUUCUUGGAGAUUCUGUACAUUUAGAGGACAAGUUAGGUUCCAGCUCUUGGCAAACAAACACACAAAA